AUGGACGAAAGGGGAGCCCGAAGGAGCAUGUCAAUCGCUUCAUCGAUGCCUUGGGACCGUAUGCUGGUGAUCAUAAUCUUCGACUUAGAGAAUUUUCAAAGAGUCUCACUGAUCGUGCUUACACAUGGUAUACAACGUUGGCACCAGGCUCUAUUCAUUCCUGGGAAAGUCUGGCAAGCAGGUUCUGUAAGAAGUAUUUCCAGCAUGAAGAACGAGUCACCACCACUCAACUCAACAACACCCGCCAAAAGCAUGGUGAGGAUCCCGUGGACUUUGUACGCAGGUUCCGGGACCUGGCAUUGGAUUGCUAUGAUGAGAAGACGAGGAGGCGCUUGUUGA